AUGGUUCUUCGAGAGUACGUUAUGGAAGAACUCAUCGAUUUCACAAGGUUCUCCAAAUGGGAACGCUUGUUGAGAGCAGUCGCAUAUGUUCGUCGUUUCGUAACGAAUUGCCGUCACCGUGUGGAAAGGCAACAGAUACUGCACUUGACACAAGAUGAGUUGAUGGAGUCUGAAACAAACCUUUGGCGUAUGAUGCAGGCGGCAAUGUAUCCGGACGAGGUGGCAGUGCUGGGAAAGCAUGGUUCGAAGAAAAAGCAAGAUAUCGAGAGAAGCAGCAAACUGUACAAAUUGUCACCAUUCAUGGACGAACAGGGAGUGCUACGCGGAAACGGCCGCAUCGGAGGGGCACCUUAUGUAACGUACGAUUUUAAGUUUCCAAUCAUCCUCCCCCGGUACCACCGUGGUACCGCCCUUCUCCUGGACUGGUAUCAUCGAAAAUACCUUCACGCUAAUCGCGAAACGGUUGUGAACGAGGUACGGCAGCGAUUCCACGUGUCGAACCUACGAACGGUAGUGCGAAGGAUGGCCAAAGAGUGCCAGACCUGUAGGAAUAAGAAUACAUUUCCAACAAUGCCGAGGAUGGCUCCGUUACCGGAGGCAAGGCUGACUUCAUUUGUUCGUCCGUUCACAUACGUCGGGCUUGACUAUUUCGGGCCAUUGCCGAUCAAAGUCGGCCGCAGUGUAGCGAAGCGAUGGGUAGUCUUGUUUACUUGUUUGACGGUUAGAGCUGUGCAUCUGGAGGUCGCCCACUCACUAUCGACGGAAGCUUGCAAAAUGGCGAUUCGUCGGUUUGUCGCGAGACGAGGAGCACCUCUUGAAAUAUACUCGGACAAUGGCACGAAUUUUCAAGGUGCUAGUCGUGAUCUGUUAGACGAGAUCAGGAAUAUGGAACAGGAACUAGCUGAUACCUUCACGGAUGCGCACACGAAUUGGAUCUUCAACCCACCGUCAGCUCCGCAUUUCGGCGGGGUUUGGGAGCGUCUCGUACGUUCAAUUAAAGUGGUAUUAGGAUCGCUAACCACAUUGCGGAACCCGGAUGACGAAACCCUGCUCAUCAUUUUGGCCGAAGCGGAGUCCAUCGUCAACUCGAGGCCUUUGACGUACUUGCCGCUCGAAUCUGCCGUUCAGGAAGCCCUCACUCCUAACCACUUCCUACUCCUGAGCUCAAAUGGUGUUGUACGAGGUCCAAAACCACUGAAGGAGGCCGAGAAGGUAUAUCGUAACAAUUGGGAUCACACAAGGCAGUUCGUCGAUCACUUCUGGAGACGUUGGAUAGCCGAGUACAUGCCAACGAUCGCGAAACGUACGAAAUGGCAUCGAGAAACAAAGGCACCAGUGGUUGUACUUAACGAGCAGCAACGUAAUGGGUGGAUUAGAGGACGUAUCGUCUCGUUAGUGAAAGGGAAAGACUCGAGACGCUUCAAGUGCGAAACGAUCGGGGGUCCGGAUGACAAAGCGGUAAAGGUUAUCAACGUGAACAGAGAGACCGCAACCGAGCGUGUGCUGGGGAUAUGUUGGCGGCCGCGCGAGGAUCAGUUUACGUUUGCUUUGGAAAUGAGCUUGUGGAGCGUACGGCCGACAAAACGGAACAUACUGAAGACCGUGAUGAGCGUGUUCGAUCUUCCAGGCCUAUUUUCUCAUUUUCUGGUACACGGUAGGAUAAUUGUGCAAGAAACCUGGCGCAUUCGAAUCGGCUGGGACGAAGAGAUCGUUGGUGAUAUCUACAGUAAGUGGCAAAGAUGGAUCAAAUUGUUUGAGAAGUUGCCAGAGGUAUGCAUAAACCGGUCGUACUUUCCCGGAUUCUCAUCUUCCAAGAUUGGUGCGCUAGAACUGCACGUCUUCACGGAUGCAAGUGAGGAUGCAUACGCAGCUGUCGCCUAUCUUCGAGCAGAGAUAGAAGGAAGAUUCUACUGCGCAUUGGUGAUGUCUAAAGCAAAGGUGGCUCCACUGAAGGCACUGUAA